UCAAAUAUGAUGAAGAAUGAAGAAACAAGUUUUAACGUGAACAGUACACAGGCCUCUCCCUUCUCCUGCUACCUGCAGCCACUGAGCCCAGUUACAAAGCGACAGAGAACGACUCUAUUUGGUGAAGAAUUCAGACCACACCUCUCACAUUUCCGCUAUGGCCCUCCUCCUCUUGGAGACAUGGAAACAUUCCAGGGAUCUUUGGAAGGAGGGUCUCGAAAACGCAAGAGCAUGCCAACAAAAAUGCCUUCUUCGAUUGUCCUUGAGGAUUCCUCAUCACCAUCAGACAGACCUGGAGAUCACAAUAACAGAGGCUCUUCCAGUCUCCCAUUGAUGUUUCAACAGCCAGCACAGCCCAAGUACAGUUCCCAGAUGAUCGACCUCUGCAACUUUGGUUUUCAGUUCUGUAGAACUCUGGAGCACUUUGGAGCCAAAACCAUUAAGCAAGAACCAGUGAAGCCUAACAUGGCAUGGCCUAGUAGCCCAGCAUUCAUGCAUCCUCCUUACCCUUAUUAUCCUAAAGUCCAUCCUGGAUUAAUGUUUCCUUUCAUUGUGCCACCAAAUUUUCAUUUCAGGAACACAUUUCAGAUGAAAAGACCUCCAGAGCCACCCUUCAGGAAGGCUGAAGUAAGAGAAAGUGGUGAAAAUAAACAGAAAGUGGAAAGAGUAGAUGUCAACCUUCAGAUAGAUGACAGUUACUAUGUUGAUGUGGGGGGUGAACAGAAACGCUGGCAAUGUCCCAUGUGUGAGAAGUCCUACACAUCCAAGUACAAUUUGGUCACCCAUAUCUUGGGGCACAGUGGCAUUAAGCCACAUGCUUGCACCCGAUGCGGCAAGCUUUUCAAGCAGCUGAGCCACUUGCACACACAUAUGUUGACACACCAGGGCACUCGGCCACAUAAGUGCCAGGUGUGCCACAAGGCCUUCACUCAAACCAGUCACCUUAAGAGACACAUGAUGCAGCACAGUGACAUCAAGCCUUACAACUGCAGGAUCUGUGGCAGAGGUUUUGCCUACCCCAGUGAGCUAAAAGCACACGAGUCUAAGCAUGAGAGUGGCCGAGAGAAUAUUUGUGUGGAGUGUGGUCUGGACUUCCCAACCCUGGCCCAGCUGAAGAGACACUUAACAACCCACCGUGGCCCUAUACAGUAUAAUUGCACUGAAUGUGAUAAGACCUUCCAGUACCCAAGUCAGCUGCAAAACCACAUGAUGAAGCACAAAGACAUCCGCCCGUACAUCUGCACUGAGUGUGGCAUGGAGUUUGUGCAGCCCCACCAUCUCAAACAACACUCCCUAACACACAAGGGUGUGAAAGAGCACAAAUGUGGAAUCUGUGGCCGGGAGUUUACUCUGCUGGCCAACAUGAAGCGACAUGUCCUGAUCCACACCAAUAUCAGAGCCUAUCAGUGCCAUUUAUGCUUCAAGAGCUUUGUGCAAAAGCAAACUCUCAAGGCCCACAUGAUUGUUCAUUCUGAUGUCAAACCCUUUAAAUGCAAGCUGUGUGGAAAGGAAUUUAACAGAAUGCACAAUUUAAUGGGACACAUGCACUUGCACUCAGACAGUAAGCCUUUCAAGUGUCUUUACUGCCCCAGCAAAUUCACCUUGAAGGGAAACUUAACCAGGCACAUGAAAGUCAAACAUGGGGUCAUGGAGAGAGGAUUUCAUUCUCAAGGUUUUGGAAGAGGAAGAAUUGCUCUGUCCCAGACAAAUGCCUUGAGAAGCUUGGAACAGGAAGAGCCCUUUGAUCUUUCCCAGAAAACACAAGGAAAGGGAAUCUCAUUUCAUUUGGAUAGCGGGAGUGCGAAGGAAAGUUCAGGCCAGGAAGAAGAGGAAGACAACUGCUAUGAGACAGAGCAGUACAGCCCUGCCAUGUACCACCAUGAUGACAACAAGCUGUAUGUGGCUCAAGAUAUGUCUGACAAACCUGAGUGCAUGAUGAAGGACUUCAGAGAAUCCUACCGCGAUGAGAAGGAAGAAGUGCUAAACAAGGGAGGCCUGGAGAAGAGAAUGGGAAAUUCAGACAAACAGGAGAGCCAAGGAGAGAGAGACCUUGCAAACAACAAAGAAUGCCUCAGCUUUAGAUCCUUUGAAAAGGCCAGACUUGGUCAUUCUCUCUCUGAAUACUUGUAUUUCAAGCACAGGAACAAGAGUUUGAAAGAAUUGCUGGAAAGAAAAAUGGAAAAACAAGCAAUGCUUAUAGGCAUUUAAAAUGGACGUUUUAAAGCAGCUGGAAAAUGGGAACCAGAUAGCUUUUAACAUGAACUGUUAAUUUAGCAAAGUCUGGAAUUUUGCAGUAGUCUUUAGAAAUAAACAAGCCAAAUUAAUAAAAAUAAUAUAAGGUAAAACGCGUACAGCAAAAGAGUAAAGCAGUCCAAGGUCAUCAAUAAAUGCAAUAGAUAUUGAACAAUAACUUUUUUAUACUUACCCACUUAAUGUACAAGCAGACAGUGGAGUGGGUAUAGAAGUUGAUUUUCCUUUAUCUGGAGUGGUAGUGACUUAUACACAAUUUUCUAGUUACCAAAACCCAACAUAGUUUAGUGUCUGAUUUGUUAUCUGACUAAAUAUAUAUGAACACUUCCAACCAUAUGUCUCAGAAAAAAAAAUCUGAAAAUACUAAGUAUUUCACAGUAUAAGCAAGAGUACUAUUAAAUAUGGUGUGCAUGAGGGUACUGUCACUCUCAGAACUAACACAGUCAAAAUACUUUCAUUUACUGAUGUGUCUGUUAGCUCAACCACUUAAAAUGAGAAAUGGGAAACAAAAAGAAAAAAAAUAGUCUUGUGAGAUAGUGAAGGGCAGCUCUGUACAGCUUUGAAAGAACUAGAAUUCAUUAUGGUCACAGAAAUUUUUCCUCUGACACAAAGGAUGUUUGUGCUCUGCUAUGCUUUAGUCUGUAUGGGAGUAUUCAGCAAUUCUUCAAGUGAAAUAGCAUGGACUGUGUUGACAUUUUUUUCUACUGUCUGAUCAGACCAGUACAUCUAAUGAACAGCAGCAGAGUGCAGCAUUUACAAGUCUUGCUGUAAUUACACAUAAAAAAUUACAAGUAAUUUCAUCGAGAAUAUUAUGCCAUUUUGCCAUUUACCUCUUCAGUUUUUCUUUUUUAGCAAGGAUGAUUUUGAAAUACACAGGUCUGAUCAGAUAUUAUUUUUGAAGGUAUGCCAAAAAAAAGCCCUUACCAGGCAAGCAGUACCUGACAGAGGAAAACUGGUUCUGUAUUUCCUCUUAUUGGAAUCAGAAGUACCCCCUUGUCAGCAUGGUUUAACCAGUAAACUUCAGGCCUUUCAGAAGAAUUCCACUCAUGCUGUUAUUACUGAUUGAUUCCCAACUUUUCAUCCUCCGAUUCCCAUACAAUUAUGUUCAUACCAAGAUGCUAAAAGCACAUUCUAUUAAUCACAUGAAUGGUUUGACCAAUGCUUUGAUUCCUGCAUCUUCAAGACAGAUGACAGACAGCCCUACACCAUCCUAUUGCUUAUAAGGAAAUAAAGAUUAAGUCAGUCAUUUAAUUAGUCCUAUGUCAUUCUGACAUCCCAGCUCAAAAGGUUGCAAUCCAUAUACAUGGUACAUCUUUCCCAAAUAUUAUUGCCUUCUUCACCUACCUGCCAAGUUCUUGAAUUGAAAGACCUUGUUAACAUGCUCAAUAUAUAUCAAGUUAUAGUUAAAUAUAGUCAUAUGCUUAUGGCUUGCUAAGGCUAGUCAUGUAGCUGCAGCUUUUUGCCAUUAUAAGACACCACUCUCCUUACAGAACUGAUGAUUGUCACACCUACCAGUUAAUCAGCAUUCACAGGGUAGCAGCCCUUCUUCACCAUAUAAAACUGGAUUUGUAUAGUCUGAGGUUGCAGAAGGUGGUUUCAUUUUUCAGGGCUCAAACACUGUAAUAUAAAGAUUCUGAAUGAAGAGCAGAAAAAGCUGUUGGUAAAAGAAGCUGUAACAUAUAGGUGACUCUUCUAAAUUAAUAAACUCUACAGCUGAUGUACAUACUUUUCUAAAAUAAAAAGGGUAUACCGAAUUGAAGUGGAAUAUAGGUCACUUCAGGCUGAGAAUUAAUGGUGUCUUUCAAAAUGAGGUGUAUUUCAGAGGUAUGUAGCCAUAACUGUUUUAUUAUAUACAUUCAACUUCCUUGAUUCCACUGAAAGAUAACUCCUCUUGGAGACAUCUUGAUUUCAGGGAAGACAUUGUGGUCAAGUAGAAGAAUCAGAAAAUUUUCAGAAUAAUGUGUGUCACCAUGUUCUUUUUUAGACUAGAAGGGAAAUGAUCAGAUAGAAAUUCAGCAUAGUCUAAGAGGUUGUAUCUUAGAAAUUGGAACAAGUCCUUUGGUUACUUUCUUGGAAAUAUCUUGUCUCUGCCAGACAAGAGCUCCUAUUUCAGAACCCAUACAGCCAAGAGCUGGGAGUCACUGACUCUUAGUAAUGUCUCUCUCAAGGUGGUGUAGUUUCCAACUAUGCAUGAUUCAAGAUCAGUCUACUCCACCUUUGCAGCCAUAUUAGUUUCUAUGAUAAGAGGAAUAAGCAAGGAUUUAGGAACCUGGUUGCAAAUUCUACAACAGUGAUCAUGCAGAUGAGUUGGACCUAGCAAAUCCCUUCACUUCUGUGAUGGGUAAAGCAGAAAGGCAUGCAGCCCUUCCAUUGCAGAGUCCUGUUGUCUGUGCAUUGGAGAGUGUUAUGGGACAGAUAGACAAUCCUUAUUAAGAAAGAAAUAAACGAUUACAUACCAACAGCACUUCAGGCAAAUGGAGCAAAGGAAACAUUUUCAGAAGACCUCAGCUCCCAGUAGAUAACAUUACAACCACAAAAAUUAUGUCUACUGGAAGGAUGCAGUCCAGAGUUCCCUUACAGACCUCGUAAGGGAAUGUGCCAGAUGUGUCCUUAGGAAAGGGAAUUACUACAGACAGUUCAGGGUUGUCUGAAUGGAUAACCCAAAGACUUUCAACCACACUGUCAAUGUGGUUUAAGCACUUCUGCAAUCCCACUUGUCUUGGGAGUAAAAGCAACUGCCAGCAACAUACAGCCAGGUGGCAAGGAGUAGAGGUCCUCAGAAUGGCAAUGGUGUUUGGGAGUAAUUCAUGUAAAGCUCUUUUCCUUCAUUCUUCCUAGAAAGCAGAAAACAUUCCAUUACAAGGAGGCCUCGAGAUUGUGCCCAGUCACAUAGUCACACUAAGAUAAUUCACAGAUACCUAAAGCUAAUUUAUGUUAUAGAACAGAGAAGAACUCAUUUAAAACCGUAAGUCACUAGUCAGCGGAAUUGCAAACAAAACUAUUACUGAGAUAAAGAGACAGUGUCAAGUGACUCAAGCAAAGAGAUUGGGAGAUGAUGGUCCUCCUACUGCAGAACAUAAUGCAGCUGAAUCUAAGACACUUGUUACAAAGAGGCCCCAAGGGACAAAUUAAAAGUGAAAUAACAGCCUUCAUUGUGAAGCACCUUGCUUUUCAAACAUAAGUUGUUUUCAUGCUAUUUACAUUGGCAUUGCUUUGGGAACAGACAGUAACAGCCUUUGCUUUUUAAUAGCUUUGAAAAUGCUUUAUAGAAAUUUGCUCUCAUAAUGAAGUUAUUUCCCAUUUCUAAUUUUUGAGGGAUUAGCUUCCUUGUUUUGCUUUCAAUAGAGGCUCAGAAGUCCUGUAGAGACAUUGCCUGUGUCCUGGACCUUGGGGGACACAUUUUAUUUUUUUCCUCCCUAAUAUGAGUCUAUCUAACUUCUUCUUGCUAUGUUGUGAUAAGAAAUGUGUUUAUCUGACUCUUCUCUGCUGGUUGGGUUUUCAACUUUUGAUAACAUAAGAAACUAAAGCCCAGUCUUCACCACCUCUAUAUAGAAUUGCAUCCAUAUAAUUUCCCUGCAUUAUUAUAUGAAGCUUAACUUUAUCUUCCUGGAGUUCAUCAGAGCAAAUAAGAGUGGCCACAAACUCAUACAGCUGAGGUUCUUUCCAAACUCAUACAAACUGAGGUGCUUCAGGAGAUGAUGCUGAGGAAAGGUAAAUGGCCCACAUCAUAAUGAGUCUGGGCAAGUGAAGGCGUGUGUUGUCAAAUUAGAGGCUUUUCUGCUGUUAAGGGCAGCAGGGAGAAUUCUGCAAGACACUGUACAAACAGAGUAGGUGGAUGAAAAGUCAAAAGUUGUGUUAAUAAAAUUUGAGGGUAAAGAAAUACAAAGUAGUUACUGAGAAAGUGAAGUUGUAGGUAACUUGGGAACAAGCUGUUUUGAGUCUGGCCACCAGAACUCAGUCAUCUCCUUGUGAACCUGAGUUCUCCUGGCUGCCAGGCAGCCUCCCAUCUGUGAAGACAAAGACAAGUGCUCUGUGUUCAGCAGCUCAAAGGAUAAAACACUUUAUGACAAUGUUAUAAUAUAAGCUUAUCCUAUGCUGUGUCCUAUAAAACAUGUUACUGGAAAGACCAGGUAAUGCUACUGCACCCGCCUUUUUUACAACUCUGAGUUGGUCUACUAGUUAUUCUCCAAUUUCUCUCUUCAUACGGUGCUGCUGGACUCUGCUCUUAUGUGUACAGUUAAGAAUUAAUAUAAGAACUAUAUUUAUUAUUCCAAGAAAUGUUUAAUAAUUAUUAACAGUUUUGAAAAUAAGUCACGUCUGCUUAGCUGAACAAGAUGUAACAGAGCUAACAUUUUGUACUCCUAACAGAUUUUGCCCAUAAUGUGGUGUAUAUUUAUUUCACAUAGAACACUGGGUUCCUAUUUAAAGCCCCAACUCAAAAAAUUGACCAACUAUCUGUGAAUAUUUAGUUUCUGGCUUUCUAUCUCAAUAGUAAAAGCAUGUAUGAUGUAUUGUAUUAAUUUAAGCAAAUAAAUAUUUAC